AAAUAAGUCCCCAACUCAAAACCCCCAAACCCUUUCCGGCGGCCUCUCACGACCACGGGUCCACGGCCAUGAAGCGGAAGCAGAGAGCCUCGGCGGCUGACGCCGACGAGCCCUCCCAGGCCCCGCUCCCUCUCGAAUCCUUCUCGGGCGAUGUCUUCACAGCUCUCACCGCGCGCUACGGCCGCUCCGCCGCCCCGCAGCACCGCCACGUCCUCGCCUCUGCCGCCGCCAUCCGCUCCAUCCUCCUCGACGACGGCCUCCCGCUUACCCCCGCAUCCUACCUCCUCGCAGCCGUCUCGUCUCUCCGAGCCACUGGCCCCGCCGACCCCGCCGCCGCCUCCGCCCUCGCUUCUCUUCUCGUCAUCCUCCUGCCCCACAUCCCAUCCUCCCCCUCCUCCCUCGCGCCAGCCGCCGCCUCCGAAUCUGCCUCCGCACUCGCCGCCUUCCUCUCCUCACCCGAUGCCUCCCAGCUCCCCACCGGUACCGUGCGCUCCGUGGUCAAGUCACUCGGCCACUUGACCCUCCAUCUCGACGCUGCAUCUGAUUGGGGUGAUGUGGCGGCGCCUCUUGAAGCUCUCCUCGCGGCUUCUGUGAGCCAGCGGGCCAAGGUUCGAAAAUGUGCGCAGGAGAGUGCCGAAAAACUAUUUGCAUACUUGGAACAGUCUGGUUGUGCGAAGAAAGCUAGCAAUGCUGCAAUUGGCAUGUUUGAGAAUCACAUUUCUUCAGCGCGAAGUCUUAUCAAUUUGGAUUCAGAUGUUUCUGAGGUUAAUGAGACAGAAGCGGCUCAUAUGCUAGGUGCAAUGGUAGUUUUUGUUCCAUAUCUAUCGAAGAAGGCAAGGAUGAGGGUUUUCUCAGAAGCUUAUCAGCUAUUGAGUUCUAGUUUUACCCCACUUACGAGGCAUGUACUUAAACUUUUGGGAAUCUUGUUGGAUCAUCUGAAGGCUGAGAAUGCUGAAUCAGAGGUGGAGAGUCUUGUAUCCUUGGUCGUUGCUUACUUGCCUUAUGAUGAGAAGAAGCCUGAUGAUACUAUUGUCUCAGCAUUGCACCUAAUGAAAAGUUGCUUGGACAAACUUGUUGGUCGCCCAAAAUUGUGGAUGGAGGCUCUUCCAGUUGCCUUGGAGGCAGUUUCAGGAUACUUAAUUCUGGGGAGAAAAUGUUCUGAUGAUAUAGCAAAAGUGUUACAAGACUGUAUUGACUCUUAUAUCGACCGAAAUGUUUUUGUCACUAAUGGAUCACAGCUAACCAACUGUGGUGUUGAGGGUUUGAGCGAUCAAGCUGUCAUGAAAUCAAUCUGUUUAUCAAUCAAUAACAGACUUCAGACAUGUUCUUAUCCUCUGGACAGUAUCUUAACAAUAGUCUUGGUUUUGUUUCUCAAACUUGGGGAGAGUUCUUAUGUCUUUAUGAAAGAUAUUCUACUUACCUUGUCACAGUUUUCUAUGAAACUAGACAAAGAAUCACAUCUGAAGAAUGUUGAAGAGUGCAUUGGAGCAGCAGUGAUUGCUGUGGGACCAGAUAAAAUCCUUUCAUUAAUUCCAAUAACUUUUGAUGAAGACAGGUUGACAUGCUCAAAUACUUGGCUUCUACCCAUUUUGGAAAAGUAUAUGUAUGGAGCCCCGCUGCAACAUUUUCUAGAGCAUAUUGUACCACUAGCAAAAUCUGUACAAAAUGCUUCUAACAGGGUCAAGAAAUCACGGAAACGUAAAGACUUGCAAUCUUGGACUGAUCAACUAUGGAACUUGCUCCCUGCCUUCUGCCGCUAUCCCAUUGAUGUACAUCACAGUUUUAGUUCCCUGUCCAAGUUGCUGGUUGAAAUGUUGAAGUGCGAUGAGUGUCUGUACAAACCUGCUGUUAAAGCCCUGCAGCAACUUGUAGAUGGAACUAGAAGACUAAGUAGCAGCGAUCAAGAUGUUGAUAUCGAUAUGGAACUUUCAGCCUUGUUCUCCUUGAAACAUAAUAAUUUCAACUAUUCAUGUUUGGAGAGGUGCUCCAAAGAAGGUGCCUGCAAGGCGUUGAAAGUUCUGGCAUCACAUUCUGCAAAUCUUCUUUGCACUUUUGCAGACUAUUUCUUUGAAUCCUCACUGGAAAAGCGUGCUUAUCUGAAGGAUGCUUUGAGAUGCCUGGCUCCACUUUCCAGUAGCGCAAACAUAAGUGAACUUUUUGUUUCACUAGUCAAAAGGUUUGAUUUAGAAGAUGCUCCACUGGAUCCAGAGAGUCUAGAAUGUCAAACUAAUGAGGUAGAUGGAAAGGAUGAAAAGACUACUGAUGCAGCAACGGGGCUAAAUGAUAAAAGGUCUGUUCUAUUGGAACUCAUUUCCACGUUGACUGAAGCUGCUGAUGAAGAUUUACUUGAUAUAUUCUUUGGAUUUAUUAAGUCUUCUUUGCUGAACAGCAGCAGGUCCUGUGACAACAAAGCUCUCAUCGCAUUAAGCAUAAUUCUGAAGGAACACAAUGGGUACUCUUUGACCCGUUUGGAUGAAAUAAUGAUGUUGCUUCAUGGAGUAAAGUCAGAUUUGGAUAAUGCAGUUUUAGAAAGCCAAUUAUUAUGCUACCAGUAUUUAUUGGUUCACAUGAUUAAGGUUAAUGAAGAGAGCACCAGCAAGAAGGCAUUCUUGAUUCUAAAUGAUCUAAUACUCACGCUAAAGUCUAAGAAAGAAAGUAGAAGAUUAGCAUACGAUGUUCUCCUGGCAAUUAGUACUGCCUUGAGGAGUUCCGAGUCAAAUAGUGCAGACUCAGAUCUUCAACGACUGUUCACAAUGGUAAUGGGAUAUCUUUCUAGUCCAUCGCCUCACAUUGUGAGUGGAGCAGUAGCUGCACUAUCCUUGCUUAUAUAUAAUGAUGCGAAUUUUUGCAUGGAAGUUCCAAAUCUGAUACCAUCAGUUUUAGUUUUGCUGAAACAUAAAGCUAUUGAAGUAACUAAAGCAUCUUUGGGCUUUGUUAAGGUAUUGGUAACCUCUUUGCAAUCAGAAAAACUACUGAAUUUGCAAGCAGAUAUCAUGAGUGGGAUAUUACCAUAUUCAUCAGUUACAAAGCACCAUUUUAAAGGGAAGGUUGUACUGAUAUUGGAAAUAUUGAUUAGGAAAUGCGGGUUUGAUGCUAUCAACUUAGUUACACCUGAAAUGUACAAGGCCUUUGUUAGAAGUGUUGAGGAGGGUCGCAAAGGAAAUUAUAAUCCAGCUGAUGGUGCUGAGUCCGAGGCACCAGAUCACACGCAACAUGAUGUCAAAAGGAGAAAACGUGUUGCUUCUAAUGCUGAAACUGGACAAGAAGAAACACCUAGUCGACCACCAUCGAAGAGUUGGUCGGCCGGAAAGAAGCAAGCAAAGGAUUUUCAUUUCAAGAAAGGUGCAGGGAGAGGUAACUCUCAUGUUGCUAAAAGCCAACAAAGCAAAGCUUCAGGCGGCAAAGGCGAUAGGACUAAUUUCAAGUCAAAGUCCAAAUGGCAACCAGGGAAUAGCCAAAGAAACAGAGGCGAUAAAUCGCCAGGAAGCAACAAAAGAACAAGAGGCGGUAUGUUCAACAAGAGACAAAAUCGUGGGAGUCGAGCAUCCGGGCACUCCUACAUCGAAAGACCAUCUUGGCUAAAAAAAAAAAUCAGUAAGUUGAGGUUCAGCCCCGUAAAUACUCCCGGCCCUACCUUUCCCCUCAACUCCCCUUGGCUCGAGAGCCCAGCCCAACCCGAGCGGAGCCGAGCAAGCAACGCCGCCGCCGCCGCCGCGAGCGAGGGUUGCCUCGUGGUCUCGGCGACCAUGGCGGUGGCUGCCCCCGGGCAGCUCAACCUCGACGAGACCCCAUCAUGGGGUUCCCGCAGCGUCGACUGCUUCGAGAAGCUCGAGCAGAUCGGCGAGGGCACCUACGGGCAAGUGUACAUGGCGAAAGAGACGGACACGAACGAGAUCGUAGCGCUCAAGAAGAUCCGCAUGGACAACGAGCGCGAAGGCUUCCCGAUCACCGCUAUACGCGAGAUCAAGAUCCUGAAGAAGCUGCACCACCAGAACGUUAUCAAGCUCAAGGAGAUUGUCACCUCCCCAGGACCGGAGCGAGACGAUCAAGGGAAGCCAAUCGAGGGUAACAAGUACAAAGGGAGCAUUUACAUGGUCUUCGAGUAUAUGGAUCAUGACCUGACUGGGCUUGCAGAUAGGCCAGGGAUGCGGUUUACUGUGCCACAGAUUAAGUGUUACAUGAGGCAGCUGCUUACAGGUCUUCAUUAUUGUCACGUCAAUCAAGUGCUGCAUCGAGAUAUUAAAGGAUCUAACCUCUUGAUAGAUAAUGAGGGUAACUUGAAGCUUGCUGAUUUUGGCCUUGCAAGAUCAUUCUCGAGUGAUCACAACGGAAACCUUACUAACCGUGUGAUCACUUUGUGGUAUAGGCCUCCAGAGUUGCUACUCGGAAGCACAAAGUAUGGUCCAGCUGUUGACAUGUGGUCAGUGGGCUGUAUUUUUGCAGAGCUUCUCAAUGGGAAGCCAAUAUUGCCCGGAAAGAAUGAGCCAGAGCAGCUGAAUAAAAUUUUCGAGCUUUGUGGUACACCUGAUGAUUUAAUCUGGCCUGGUGUCACAAAAAUGCCAUGGUACAACAAUUUCAAGCCUUCCCGACCAAUAAAGAGACGGGUUAAAGAGUUCUUUAAGCAUUUUGAUCGGCAUGCACUGGAUCUGUUAGAGAAGAUGUUGACUUUAGAUCCAUCACAGAGGAUAUCAGCGAAAGAUGCUCUUGAUGCAGAGUAUUUCUGGACUGAUCCCUUGCCCUGUGACCCGAAAAGCUUGCCAAAGUAUGAGGCAUCGCAUGAAUUCCAGACCAAGAAGAAACGUCAGCAACAGAGGCAAGCAGAGGAAGCUGCGAAACGUCAAAAAAUUCAGCAUCCUCCACCACAUUCUCGUUUGCCUCCAAUUCAGCAGCCAGGCCAACCACAUUCUCAAAUCAGGCCCGGCCAGGGCAUGCACAACGCACCGCCCGUGGCAGCUGGCCCGAGCCAUCACUAUGCAAAACCCCGUGGGCCAGGAGGCCCUAACAGGUAUCCACAGGGUGGGAAUCAAAGCGGAGGCUACAAUCCGAACCGCGGUGGAGGGCAGGGUGGUGGAUAUGGAAGUGGUCCAUAUCCUCAGCAAGGAAGAGGACCUCCUCCUUACCCUGGUGGUGGGAUGGGUGGAGCAGGUGGUCCACGGGGUGGCGGUGGUAGUGGCUAUGGAGCUGGUGGACCAAAUUACCCACAAAGUGGCCCAUACGGUGCGUCCGGUCCAAGCCGAGGGCCAAACUACCCUCAAGGUGGUUCUCGCAAUCAGCAGCAGUAUGGGAACUGGCAAUAAUAUGGCAAUAUCAUGCCAUGAUGAAAUUACCUUCCAGUUGGACUAUGCAUUGGAAGAACCGUUUCAGUUGAACCACUUUCUUAUAUGCUUGUCAUAAUUACUAGUAUAACACAAUCCAGGCGUCUCAUAAGUACGCUAUUUAUCACUUUAGCUGUAUAGCAUGAUCACCAAUUAGAGGUUUGUGUACUCAGAUCCUUUAAUUAUACGACUGGAAGGAUGUGAGGAAAACAAUGCUGGUAUAUUCUUGCCGAGGUUAUGUGCGUCCAAAACAGCAUUAAUCUUGUUGAAUCACAAGAAAUAUGUAAAUCUAAUCCUUGCUUGUUCA